GUCCGGCGUCACCAGUCCCUCCUUCCCCUUCCUCCUUCUUCCUUUCCUUCAUCUUCCUCUUCUUCUCCGGAUGAUGUGAGGGAUGUUAUAGGCAAAGGUUACGCAGAUAUUACAGGCGUGUUGGUGUUGGAUGCGGUGUUGGUGUUAUGCAGUUGCUUGCUCGUCAGGGGUCUCAACGCCGAAGGUUGUCGGAAGGGCGGUCACGUUCCAAGAGAAGUAUUGGGCGAUCGAUUGGCACCUUGGUAGGAAAGUCCCCUGUUGUGGGCCAUGCAUUUUCUUGUGGGAUGAGAGUGGCGGUUACUACCCAUGCGGGGGKAUCAAGACUUACUCGUUUGAUAAGAACAUGCCUUGCGAGGAGUACAUGAGAUUCCAUUUGACGACGUGUUUCGACCGCGACGGUCACGAGGUGCCUGACAACUACAAGCUCGUGUCUCUCCAAGUCGAUAAGUUCCAAGGUUACGGCAUCCGCGCUGCAUCAAUGCCGCCGUUCGACAAGUCGAAGAAAAAGGAUGCGUCGCAGAUGGUGAUGCUAAUGUCGUUCGAGUUCCUCAAACGCAUUAAUUGGUAUAAGGUGUCGAACCAUAUCGUGACGAUUGACAACAGCCUGCAGUUGUCAACUCCCUUCGUGCCCUUCGACUGUGAUCUUGGAGACUUCGCAGAUAUGGUGCGAUGUCACAAGCUGCAGGCGAUGGGCCAAGCCAUUUUGCGAACUACCAUAUAUGUGAGCUCGCCACGGGCGGUAGGCAAGAGUUGUGGGGAGCCGAAAACAUCCGCUCGUAUGAGCAAAAGUGGGGCUGAAUCGACACAGGCAAAAAGCAUGAGCAAAUCAGCUUCGUUGAUCCAGCCGAAGGGUGUGUCUGCAACGCGGGCACCAUUAUAUACAGAACAUGUGGCACGCGUUUCUUUGAGUCCGGCUGGUGGGGCCACUGACCAUGAGGAUGAUGAGGAAAACACAGAGGAGGACUCGCGCUUCAGAAAGUGGGACGGUGGGCGGUGGCCCGAUGGCAAUAACGCGAAAGACACGGAAGGGGACGACGACAAACAGCGGUCCCGCGACGGCACACACGAUGAAGAGGGAAGCUUGGAGGAUGACUUGGCCGAAGGCGAUGAUAGUGAAGGCCAAGAGGAUGGUGGCCAUGAAGACGAUGGGAGUGAAGGAGAAGAAAAUGACGAUGCAAGUGACGAGGAUGCCGCAGAACGGGAAGACAACUACGAAGGGGGGAGCGAAGGAGAUGAGGGUGGGGCGGACGACGACGACGGCGGGAAUAGAGGGUCGCAGAAAAGGCGGGAAUAGUCUUCCCGUGCCACAAGUCAUGACGGUCCGGCAGAAGAUGACAAUAUGUUGCAUGACACACAGAG